CAGAACCCUACCCUAGCCAGCAAUCCCACGAUCUACUCGACGCCGCCAUCCCUCUCGUCUUCCCUCCUCUCUUCGUCAAGCGUCAAGCGUGCGGCGGCGAUGGCAUCUAGACUUCUACAGAUCGCAAAUAAGGCAUGUCGCGCAUCUCGCGCCGCUGCUGUAGCUGCGUCUCGUGCCGCUUCGCUGGCCUCCCGCUCAGCGCGUGCGGCUGCCGCAGACGCCGCCCGCAUAUCAGCUGCCCUCGACCCCGAGAGCUGCCGCCAAAGGAAGCCCCGUGACGAAGCUCCCGGCUUUUCCUACGAUGAUUACGUUCGCAACACCGCAUUCGAGCAAUGGCCAGAUGAUUCCAAGAUGCCGACGGAAAAGGAUCUUGAGUCGGAUGAAGCCAUAUGGGCUUUAUAUGAGCGCUGGUGCAAGGCUCAUAACAAGAAACGUGACCAGUCCGACAUGGCUCGCCGGUUCAAGAUAUUCAGAAUUUUCGCAAAGAGUGUGCACACACACAACACUUGUCUUCCUUUAGAUCCAAAGAAAGCAGCCACUUACAUUCGGAAAAGACAAAAGGCCAAAUUGCUUAUUUUAAAAGGCCAAGACGUCUCAGACAUCGAAGAAUGCUAUCUGCCAAUGGUAUUAGGUCCAUACGCCGAUGGCGGAGAACCUUUUACUGAAAGCGAUGAGCGUAUGUUGAAGGAAAUUGAAGAGAGGGAAGCUGUCCAAGAUGUUACCGCACACUAGUUUACUUAGGAAAACCUGGGACUUUCACUGUAAUAAGUUAUGCUUUGCUGUUC